AUGCGGAAGAAAGGUCUGCACGCAAUGGGUAAACCGUCGCCUCCUAAUGCAGUGUGGCCACAUCCACAACAAAUACAAGUUGUCGGUACAGGUUUAUUGUAUCUGAAUUCCAGACAAUUAACGAUCAUUUCGAAUCUGGAUAAUUGUAUUAUAAUUAAAAGUGCAAAAGAACGCUAUGCAAAUAUAUUUUUUCCACCAAAAUUGAACAUUGCCAAUCCACCGUCAAACGUAAAUAUACUGGAAAGUUUAACAUUAAUAGUUAAAAGCAAAGUUUGUGAAGAACAUUUAAAAUUAACAUCUGAUGAAUCUUAUAAACUAAGCAUCAAAGACAAGAAAGCUGAUAUCGAAGCGUCAAAUGUAUGGGGUAUAUUGCGUGGCAUUGAAACAUUCUCUCAACUACUAUUUAUUAAUGAUGAAAAUCAAGUUAUAGUGAAUGAUACUGUGAUAAUCGAUGAUAGUCCAAGAUUUCGUCACAGAGGUAUAAUGUUGGACACAGCUCGACAUUACCUUCCAGUUCCAAUAUUAAAAAAGAAUUUGGAUGCAAUGUCUUACAAUAAAUUAAAUGUAUUUCAUUGGCACUUGGUUGACGAUCAGUCUUUUCCCUAUGAAAGUAAAGCAUUUCCAGAACUUUCGAAAAAAGGAGCAUAUUCCCAAGAUCAUAUUUAUACUCAACAGGAUAUUAAAGAAAUAAUUGAAUUUGCUCGACUUCGAGGUAUCAGAGUAAUUCCUGAAAUUGAUACGCCAGGUCAUACAUUUUCGUGGUUCAAAAGUCAUCCAGAGCUAAUAACGGAUUGUUGGAAAGAUGGUAAACCAAAUCAAGCUAUUUACGCUGUGCACGGCGAACGAGAAAUUUUUGAUGUAACAAAACCUGUAGUUUAUGAUAUAAUGAAAACAUUAUUAAACGAAAUGCAUCAAGUGUUUCCAGACGGUUAUAUGCAUUUGGGUACUGUUCUACAAAUGAAAUUUGAUACGUAA